AUGUCGCGGGAACUCCAAGUGAAACAUGCGCUCCGCAGAAUCAUCGCGGACGCAAAGCAGACCGACCCCGAGCUCUCCCAGUUCAGCAUGCGCAAUGUCAAAGAGCAUCUAGUCCAUCGUCUCAAUAUAUCCCAAGACGCUUUGAAAGAAGGGGGCAUGAAGGCAAUGAUUAAAGACUAUGUCAACAGGCUGGUGUCUGAAGAAGAACCGCUGGAGAGCGCGCCAUCAGAAUCUUCUUCACCUGCUAAAUCUCAUAGCUGCGCUAUGAAUCCGAAGGCGAACCAAAAUGAUUCAGCGAAAUCAGACGCGGAAUCCCCUGCAUCGCCCGCCAAAUCCACUCCGUGGGGCAAGAGACCGCAACCCUCUGAUGCUGCGAUGUCAUCCCCUUCAACCCCUCAAAGCAGCCGCAAUGGCAUCAGCAGAGCGACCAGUGCACGCUCAGCAACUUCCGAGAAAGCCGCGAGCACACCAGGUAGCACGAGCAGUAAGCGCGAAUUCAUCACGGCUGAAGAAGCCGAAGCGGAAGGGUACUCGUCACUCUGCGACGACGAGGCGAGCAGUGACAAUGGCGCGCAGAGCGGAAGGGCCAGCAAGUCAACCUUGAAGAAGCGGCGCAUCUCCGAUGAUGAUGGUGGCGAUGGUGAUCAGCCAAGUGUAAAGCCGGCCAGCAAUGGCCAUGGCAAGGUACCCGCAAAAGAGAAGGCCACGGGGGGUCGUAAGCAUGUUGGCAAGAAGAAGGUAGCGGAGUCUCCGCUCGAGGCUGAGCUGAAGAGGCUCAAGUCGCUCGUCGUUGCGUGCGGCGUGCGCAAGCAGUGGGGCAAAUUUUUUGAAGCGGAGAUGUGUGCGGGGGAUGAUGAGUUGGCCUGGAGGCGGCAGAAAGCCUUGUUGCACAAGCUGCUGGGCGAGCUGGGGAUGAGUGGCCGGCUAUCACUGAAGAAAGCACAGCAGAUCAAAGAAGAGCGCGAAUUCAAAAUGGAGCUCAAGGACAUCGGCGUACUCGGCAGUCCUUCGCGCACACGCAGCAGCAAGGCCGUCCAGGGGCGCGGACGCGGGCGCGAGCGCGGAAGUGCACUGGCAGGAAGCGAGUCGGAAGAUAGAGGAAGUGACGACCAUGCAGGGGGCAGCGGCGACAAUGACCAUAUUCGCAAACGCCAACGACCCGGCGAUGGCGAUACCGAAAGAGACAGCGACGUUAAAGUUAUCGUCAAGAGCAACCGCUUCAAAAAUUCUUUGGCCAGUUUUGCCGCCGAGCUCAACUCUUCCGACACCGACUAA